UUCGCCAAAAGCCGGCUGUGAAGGCGACGGGCAUCUUCUCUUUUCUUCUUUUUUUAUUUUUAUUUUUAUUUUUUGCGAGUCCUUGUCUGUGUGCAGUGCGAUUGCAUUCACGGCCAUUGCCCCCUUAUUCUCUCUCAUUCCCGCUGUGAUCCCUCUUCCCAGAAAGUUCCCAUGAUGAACAACUUCACGGCUGUGCUAUCAAGAAUUUGUUCAUGUGACACCAUGAUUUGGGUACCAGUCUUUGAUUAGGCUUCGAAGGAAACAUGCUAAAAAUACCGCGUCUGAGCUGGCUGAAAAUGUGCAUUUAGACUGCUAGUGGUUAAUAUGUCCAAUUUUGAAAAAUAUUUUAAGUGCGUUUCUGCUCUGACCUCCAGCGAGAGGAUUUGUAAGUAAAUUGUUUAGAUUUCUUCCCCUCCCACCCUUUUCUUUCUUUUCUUCUUUGCAUUGAUUGUUUGCUACUCUGGAUUACUAAAUUCUGGAACCACAUUGCUGCCACCAGAAUUCUUCCAUGUUUUAAUUUAUUCUGGUUUCCCCAAUCACUGUACCAAGAAUAUUUGUUGCCUAUAGCCAUUACAACAGAUCACUAUUGAACUGGAUGGUUUAAAACAACAGAAAUUAAUUAUCUAGUAGAUAUGGGAGCCAGAAAUCUAAAUUUGGAGUGUAGGUUGGGCCUCAUUCCCUCUUUAGGCAUAACCAAGCCAUGGUCUCUAGGCCAUAUGCACCCCAGAAUAAUUAUGAGUGGGGCUCAACACAAAACCAAAAACUUCCUGAAAAUAUUAGGGGACUUUUGGUGAAUUAUUUGCAGCUCAUUUACACAGUUCCCAAGCAGGAUCUUAGGAAAUGACAGUGCUGAGCUACAGUGUCAAGGUUGGACGUGCCUGCUAAGGUUUCUGCUGCCUCUAGAGCUGGUGCCACCCCAUCCCAUGGCUGUGGCUGCAGCACCCCAGUCAUCACAUGUGUGGCCUCUUAGUCUCUCCUGACAAAUAUCUCUCUUCAUCAGUCUUACUUAUUAUUUUCACCAUAGUAAAUAUACACAAAACUGACCAUCUUAAAAUAAGCAGCUAUGGUACUGUGGAUACAUUCACAGCGCUGUGUAACCACGGCUGCAUCUUCUCUGAAACUCUUCCACGUGGCUGUGCCCACUAGACAAUAACUCCUCCUCCUCCUCCCUCCCCCAGCUGCUAGCAACCAUCUCCUUACUUUCUGUCUGCAUGAGUUUGUGUUCUUCAGACACCAUAGCAGAAUCUAACAGUGUUUGUCCUUGUAGAGCAGGCUUCCUCCAUGUAACAAAUCCUUACCUUUCAUCCAUGUGUGGUCUCUGUCAUAACCCCCUUCCUUUUAAAGCUAAAUAACACUCUGCCCGUGUAGGCAAUGCCAUGUUAGUCCUCCGUUUGCCCACGCAUGGACAUCUCCACUGCUCCCAUGUUUUAGCUCUUUUCUCACUCUUUCUGGGAUUUUUGCUUUCGUUUGUUUGAGCUUAGUUUGAGUUUCUGAGACAGGGUACACUAUGAGGCCCAGGCUGGCCUCAAACUUUCGAUCUUGUUGCCUCAGCCCGCUGAUUGCUGGGAUUAUAGGCCUGUGCUACUGUGGCACAGUUCACAGAGCUUAGCAAGGAGUCUGGUUCUGUUUUGCACUUAAAAGGACACUCACCGCUGUCCUGGUGAUGCAGAAUGAGUGUUGUAGGUGGAAGUUUCUGCCCCGCAGCCACUCUCAGAUAAACACACUGAGACUUAUAUUAAUUACAAAUGCUCAGCCAAUAGCUCAGGCUUUUGCUAAAUAGCUCUUACGUUUUAAGUUAACCCAUGUUCCUUAUUAUGCUCUGCCACAUGGCAGUGCCUUUAUUAGCACAGCACGUUCAUCCUGCUCCCUUUGCAUCUGGUGACUCCUGACUCCACCCUUCUCCUUCCCAGCAUUAUCCUGUUUAGCUAUUGGCCAGUCAGCUUCUUUAUUAAACCAACGACAGUGACAGAUCUUCACAGUGUACAAAAGGAUUCCUCCACAGCAGAGCGCCUCCUGUCCAGAUCCUCAAUUUAAUCCAUCAUGAUAUAGAGCAAUGUCAGGUACAACUGCCCUGUUCUUUGCUGCCCAGCAAGGCCACAAUGACGUCGUGAGAUUUCUCUUUGGAUUUGGAGCAUCCACUGAAUGUAGGACCAAAGAUGGGGGCACUGCCCUGUUGGCUGCCAGUCAGUACGGGCACAUGCCAGUGGUGGAGACCUUGCUGAAACAUGGAGCCAACAUCCAUGACCAACUUUAUGAUGGAGCCACUGCCCUCUUCCUUGCUGCCCAAGGAGGUUAUUUGGAUGUCAUUCGCCUGCUGCUGUCUUCAGGGGCAAAAGUCAACCAGCCAAGGCAGGAUGGAACCGCACCACUGUGGAUUGCAUCCCAGAUGGGCCACAGCGAGGUGGUGCGCGUGAUGCUGCUGAGGGGAGCUGACCGUGAUGCUGCACGCAACGACGGCACUACAGCAUUGCUGAAAGCGGCCAACAAAGGGUAUAAUGACGUCAUAGAGGAGUUGCUCAAAUUCUCACCUACUCUCGGCAUUUUGAAGAAUGGAACUUCGGCUCUCCAUGCGGCGGUGCUCAGUGGGAAUAUUAAAACAGUUGCGCUGCUCCUGGAAGCAGGGGCAGAUCCGGCCUUGAGAAACAAGGCCAAUGAGCUUCCAGCAGAACUGACCAAAAAUGAACGCAUACUACACCUCUUGAGAAGCAAAGAAGGACCUGGCAAGAACGAAUUUGGUUCCAGCUUAGACAGAUAGAAAUUUAAGCCACAUUGUCCGGAAAGAAACGGGUUUUAACAAUGUUGGAAAUUCUUUGAAGAAAGAAUGUCCACCCUGUGGGUUUGUGCACUGUGCACUAACUCAAGGAAGGGCUUAGGGUCUACUUCCCCUUGCCUACUUACAGUGGGCAUCUCACACAGCCCUGUAACUUGGCCCUUGGGGACAUGUGAAUACAGAUGCUACAGAACUUAUUUACAACUAUGCUAGUGUCCGUCCCUCAGUUAAACAUGUUCGACAUGGUUUUAAUGCUAAAAGGGCAGACAAAUGGCUUUGCUCAUUAAGAGUCAAAGAUUGCCCUUCAAUGUAUCAAUGCAUUUUUGCUUUUGUGUUAUAUGUAGCUAUGCUAAAAUACAUUGCAUCCAUCAUAGUUAUGUAUGUUCUUUCAGUAUAAAAUACUUUCUACCACCUGAA